GAAUCUUAUAUUUUUGUGUCAGAUGGCAGAGGGAGACAAAAAAGCAGUCAAGAAGAAGCACGGGAGCCGUAACCCGGUUCUGGCCCGGGGCAUCGGCCGUUACUCCCGGUCUGCCAUGUACGCCCGCAGGGCAAUGUACAAGCGCAAGUCCAAGAUCACGGAGACCAAGGUGGAGAAAAAGAUCAAGACAAGACCUAAGGCAACUGUUGUCAAGGUUAUUGGAGGAGACAAGAAUGGAGGCACCCGUGUUGUCAAACUGCGCAAGAUGCCUCGCUACUACCCCACAGAGGAUGUUCCCCGUAAGCUCCAAAGCCACGGAAAGAAACCUUUCAGCCAGCACAAGAGGAAGCUGCGCAGCUCCAUCACUCCAGGAACUGUCCUCAUUCUGCUCACUGGGCGCCAUCGUGGAAAGCGCGUGGUGUUCCUGAAGCAGCUCGCCAGCGGUCUUCUCCUUGUCACUGGGCCUCUUGCUUUGAACAGAGUGCCUCUGCGUAGGGCUCACCAGAAGUUUUCCAUCGCUACCACCACCAAAAUUGACAUCUCUGGUAUGAAGAUCCCCAAAACUCUGAACGAUGCCUACUUCAAAAAGAAGAAGCUCAGGAAACCUCGUCACCAGGAGGGAGAGAUCUUUGAUACAGAGAAGGAGAAGUACCAGCUGACAGAGCAGAGGAAGGAGGACCAGAAGGCUGUCGAUGGGCAGCUACUGCCUCUCAUCAAGAAAGUACCUCAACUGAAAGGCUACCUGCACUCUUCCUUCUGCCUGUCUAAUGGUGUCUAUCCACACAAGCUGGUUUUCUAAAUGUGUUGUAAUAAAGAGUGCCAGCUAUA